AUGGCAACAAAUCAUCAAGCCGCUGCCAAGUCUAGUAUUGCCGAACCUCGGCGUAUAACUCUACAAAACCUCAUCCUAGCCGAAUACCAAUCUCCCGGCAAGGACCCGAUCUUCGAGUACGACAAUUGGGACAAGGAGACGCAGCGCAAUGUCUUCCGUGACCUGUGGUGGGAAUUUGCCGCUUUUCUUCGACUUCCUGCCGCAGAUCGGAGACUGCCGAACUGCGGUCGAAUCCGACGUACCAUCGGAAUGGCACACUUCUCAGAGAUCGAUGGCUUUGUUAAUGCGUAUGAAAUCAGGGACCGCUUCCGGCGAGCGUGGGCGACUCCACGUCCGUAUUUGGAAAAUGAGCUUGCGAAUGAUGAUUCGGUAACCUGGUAUUCCUGUGACCUCCACAAAACACCUAGCGGACUAAGAGUUAUAGCAGACCGUCGCAAUCGCCACCACAUCCCCAAGUAUUGCCGUCCGGAAACCCUGAUCUCGUCGCAGCUCCUGCUCUACCGGCUCAUGGCUGUGUUUGACAUGCCUAUCGCAUCAGACCAGGACACGGUUGAUGACGACGGUGUCUGGGCGUAUACAUUGCAUUGGAAUCGGCACAACGAAAAGAGUGACACUGACAAGAUAAGUGAGCUCGUCUUUCGGGACAGCAAGGGUACUUUCCAUGUCCAUUUUUCCGGGUCUGAGAAGGCUAGCAAGUCGGCUCUUGAGAUGCUUGACUGGCUGGUUAGUGACAAUGUGCCGUAUCUCUAUGACGGCUUGUUGAAUGAAGAUAGUGCACAUGGAAUCUAUGUAGAGGAUGUUAUCAAUCUAGAUCAAAUCAUGGUGGCUCUGGCGCCGUUGCUGCUCUGGGCAGUUUCUGGCGUUGUCGUGAUGGACCUAGCAACCUGCAUGUCAGACGUCACCGAACGUCUCAAGAACAGCACUAUCGCGCCUGAUGACGCCAUCUUCUUCCAUAAUAACACCGGCUACAUGUCCCAUCUGGAGAAGGCCCAGCUCUCACCAUCCAAGGCUGCAAGAAGACUUGCCCGCGGCUCGACUUCGACAUGUACGAGGACUUGA